GGUGAGCUGGGUUGUUUCAGACCAGAACCAUGGCAGUGGGUGGAGCUCUGGUUGUUUGUGUGCUGAGUGUACUGUUCUUUGAAGGUGGAUCAAUAAGUCUUAGAGCUGGUGAUAAGCUGCAGGUUAAGCAGGAUGACCUGUCUCCAAAUGAUUCAGCUCCAAAGAAGUUGUUUCCUUUUCUGGAGAAAGGUGCUAAAGUAAAAAGGGAAACUAACGGGAAGGCCGCAGUGAGUGGGAAUGUGACUUUUCUACAAUGUGGCAACUCUACAUCUGCUGAAUGCAGUACCGUCAACAACACCAGUAAUGAUCAGAACUCUGCAGCAUCACAGCUUGUAGGACUGGAACCAGCUCAGAGAGAAGUGGUGUCAAAUAUUAGGCCCUGUGAAUAUCUAUUCCCUUUUGAUGAUCGUUGUCCAUUUCCAACUCGCCAUCCUAUCAGGACCUUUCCUACUCGUCACCCUGUGACUUUUAGGUUGCCAACUCGGCCACCUCCUGUGACCUUCAGGUUGCCAACUCGGCCACCUCCUGUGACCUUCAGGUUGCCAACUCGGCCACCUCCUGUGACCUUCAGGUUGCGCACUCGGCCACCUCCUGUGACCCUCAGGUUGCGCACUCCGCAUCCACCUUACGAACGAAUGUUUCAUGCCUUGCCUGAAUUGCAGAACUGAAGAUUAAUUUGACAACAUGGGCUGAUUUCUGUUGUGAAUAAACAUUCUAUUUGCA